AUGUCUAGAAAGUUUAAUAUUGCCAUGGUCACUGAUUUUUAUUAUCCAUCAACUGGUGGAAUUGAAACACAUAUAAGACAUCUAACAAAUAAUCUUAUAAGUUUGGGACAUAAAGUAAUUGUAAUAACUCAUAAACACUGUAAUAUGAAAGAAGCCAAAGAAUUUCGUGACAUAAAGGUUUAUAAACUUAAUCUACCAAUAGUGGCACUUAAUACAUCAUUUCCAAGCUUAUACGCAAAUUUUUAUAUUUUUAAAAAAAUUUUCGAAUAUGAAAAUAUUGAAAUUGUGCACGGCCAUUCUACAAUGUCAAAUUUAUGUUUAGAAGGAUUAUUUCAUGCUAGAACUUUAAAUUUAAGAACUGUAAUUACUGAACAUUCAAUAUUUGAAAAAGGACCAUUUGAAAAUGUAGUUGUAAAUUUAUUAUCAAAAUUUAUACUAAAAACUGUUGAUAGAUGUAUUUGUCCAAGUAGAACAUCCCAAGAAAAUUUUAUGACAAGAAUUAAAUUAUCUAAAAGUGUUGUAAAAGUUAUACAUCAUGCAGUUGAGGCCAAAAAAUUUUAUCCUGAUUUAAAAAAAGAAAAAUCAAAAACUGUUAUAAUUAUGUCAAGAUUAGUAUUUAGAAAAGGAAUAGAUUUAUUAAUAAAAGCAAUUCCAUUGAUUUGUACUUUAGACAAAAAUAUAAAUAUUAUUAUUGCCGGGGAAGGACCAAAAAAAGAUGAAAUUGAACAAGUAGUUGAUGAAAAAAAAUUAUCUAAUCGUGUUAAAAUUAUAGGUGAAGUUCAACAUAAACACGCGGGGGAUAUUUUACGAAAGGGUGAUGUUUUUUUGAAUACUUCAUUGACUGAAACUUUUUGUUUAGCAAUUUUAGAAGCAUCUAUGUGUGGUUUACAUGUUGUAUCUACAAAUGUUGGAGGAAUACAUGAGGUUUUACCAAAAAAGUUAAUUACAUUUGCCGAACCAACACCGGAAGAUUUAGCUCUAAAAGUUGUUAAAAAGAUAAAUGAUUUUGAUAAAAAAGAAAUUGUAUCACAAUAUGAAUAUUUGAAAAAAAAUUAUUCUUGGAGAAGAGUGGCAUUACAAACAGAAGAAAUUUAUAAUGAAAUAAAUCAUAGAAAUCUUGGGAUUAGAAAUAGACUAUUGGAAUAUAAUUCAAUAUUUGAACAUUUUUUAAUUAUUUUAGAAUAUGUAUGGUUAUAUUGUAUUUAUAUUUUUACUUAA